UCAGAGAUAUACAACCAUACAUACGAUAUACAGGGACAUAACCUAUGUUAUCUACCUCCCUCAAACUAUACCAGCCAUCUUGCCAAAAACUAUACCAUCCAUGAAAUUCUGAUAUGUAGUUCUCACCUACUCGGGACUUUUCUCAGAGUAAUCCUCUUGUCCAUCGAUAUGAAAACUAUUCUCCCUCCUCCUAACCUUUCCAGGUUGUUCUUAUUCCUCGGCACUCUACUAACGACCGGAGAUUCCACAACCAUCUACACUCCGACCUUUCAGAUCAACCUCAACUGUGGCUCUUCCAAUGACACGGUGGAUCAGUAUGACUUUCGAAAUUGGACGGGAGAUAUCAACUCAGAGUUUUUUACUAAAGAAGUUGGUAGCACAUCCCAAGUAGCAGAAGCACCACGGUUGCCCUCGACGGGCAGCGAUGUACCGUACAUGACAGCUAGGCUUUCGUACACGGAAUUUACUUACAGAUUUACUGUCAGUCCCGGCCAGAUGUUCAUCCGCUUGUAUUUCUUCCCAGCUUCAUACAAUGAAAACUUCGACAUCUCGAAAUCACUCUUUUCUGUCAAAGCCGGGGGUUACAGACUUCUCAAAGACUUCAACGCUUCUCUCAGUAGUACAGAUGAUGAUGGCGAAGAGACGCGUAUCAGAGAAUACUGCGUCAACUUUGAACCAGAACAGAACAGUCUGUACAUCACAUUCACUCCCAGCAAUGGUGCAUACGCGUUUAUAAACGGGAUUGAAAUCAUGUCCAUGCCGACCAAUUUUUAUUAUUCGCGAUCGGCAGCUGAAGGCGAUGGGGCUAGUUUUAUCGGCAGAGCUACUAAUUAUUACAUUGAAAACAACACCGCUCUAGAGAUGAUCUACCGAAUCAACGUUGGUGGCGGUCCUGUGUCUCCGAAUGAAGACACUGGCAUGUACCGCACUUGGAAACCAACCGACGAGUCCUACUUAGAUGGUAUCAGAAGAAGUUUGAGCUAUCCACAAGAUAAUAUUCCUCUCAAUUUUCCAACCGAUAUUCCUCUCAAUUUUGCAAAAAUUCGUAACUACACUGCGCCCGAAAAGGUGUACCGAACGGGCCGGACAAUGGGAAGGAACAGCACCAUCAUCAAGAGCUACAAUCUCACCUGGCAAUUCCCUGUAGACCCUGAAUUUUCUUACCUGCUGAGGCUCCAUUUCUGUGAAAUUGAUCCGAAUAUCACUGCGGCUGGAGAGAGAAUGUUUCAGAUUAUUAUAGCUAAUCUAACAGCUGAACUGCAUGCGGAUGUAAUCGGAUGGACUACAAAAAAUGGAGAAGGAAAUGGGAUUCCCAUAUAUAAGGACUACUUUGUGCACAGGCAGAUAUUUGAAACCCAGAAAAAAGGUUGCACUUAUCUCUUUGUUGCACUACAGUCGAACAAAGAUGAUUACGAUUUUCAUUACAACGAUGCCAUCUUGAAUGGGCUCGAAAUCUUCAAACUCAAUAACACAGACGGCAAUUUUGGGGCACCCAUGACCACAUGCAUCCAAGACCUACCGCGAGAUAUUCAGCCAUCGUCUAACAACUCUAUGAAAAAGCAGACUCGUAUGCUUGCUAUUCUCGCCGGUGCAGUUUCUGUCUUACUUGUUCUUUCCAUCGUCGGGUUUUUAAUUUUCAGGCGUAAAAGAAAAGUCCACGACAGAAGAAUAAAGUUUAAAACAACCCCCCCAUCAUCUUAUCCAUGUCACUACUUUCUACUAGCAGAGAUAAAAGCUGCCACCAAAAAUUUCAGUGAUGCCUUUAUCAUUGGAGCAGGAGGUUUUGGUAAUGUUUACAAAGGAUGCAUUGGUGGAGUCACUCCAGUUGCAAUCAAACGGCUGAAGCCAGAAUCAUCCCAAGGUGCGCAUGAGUUUGAGACUGAAAUUGCGAUGCUCUCCCAACUCCGUCAUCGCCAUUUGGUUUCCCUCAUUGGAUAUUGUAGCGAUAAGGGGGAGAUGAUCUUAGUGUAUGAUUACAUGGCACAUGGAACACUCCGGGACCAUCUCUACAACACCAUUAACCCACCUCUUGCCUGGGUACAACGCCUUCAGAUUUGUAUCGGUGCAGCUCGAGGACUACAGUAUCUUCAUAAUGGUGCAAAUGGCAUCAUAAUUCACCGAGAUGUGAAGAGCACAAACAUCUUGCUGGAUGACAAAUGGGUGGCCAAGGUUUCAGAUUUCGGGCUGUCCAAAGGAACAACGAGCAUGUCCAAAACCCACAUCAGCACGAAUGUGAAAGGCAGUUUUGGGUAUGUGGAUCCAGAAUACUAUCGACGACACCGUCUCACUGAGAAGUCAGAUGUCUACUCAUUUGGUGUAGUUCUGUGUGAAGUACUAUGUGCCAGGCCAGCAAUUAUAAAUGCAGAAGAGCUAAAGCAAGCAUGCCUGGCUGACUGGACCCGGAGCUACCAUCAGAAUGGGGAACUUGAUCAAAUCAUUGAUCCAAGUUUGAGAGGUAAGAUUGCAGCCGAUUGCCUGAAUAGGUUUAUCGAGACAGCAAUCAGUUGCAUGCAGGAAACUGGUACAGAACGGCCGUCCAUGACUGAUGUUGUUAAUAGGCUUGAACGAGCAUUGCAGCUUCAGCAAAGUGCAGAAGGAAAUAGCAACAGCACUGAAAGGAAUGCUGAAAUUGAAACAAGCAGCAGUGAGCAGAGUUGUGCCAUCAAUGAUUCCAUUAAAUGCAUAUCUGCGACAAUCUUCUCUGAGGUUAACACCCCAUGUGGGAGAUGAUCAUCAUCUUUCAAGAAAUGAAAGAAAUUUAAAGAGUCAUGAACUGGUAAGUGUAUUACACUAUAUGUCUGUACUGGAUUGUAAGGAACACCAAUAAAAUGCAUUAUCACCACCAGUGCCACUUUGGAAUCACAUUACACUUCAUUCUACAUGCCUUUGGUAUUCUUAGCAGUAGUUGUCAUUAGUGUAAUAGAUAUCGCUUGGAUAUAUAGCAUUAUUUCAUUAUUUGCAA